UGAUUGGGACUAUAGCGCAAACUGCAGGAACCACAGAAGCGCACAGAAGGAGCCUCUUUAUUUGACUCAAACUGCGCAUAAAGCGCUCUGAUGUCUCUGCGCUCAUGUCGAGACUUUCCCUGAAGGUCCCACUGGCGUGAACAAAUGAGCCAUCAGAGAACUCUGUCAGAGAAGGUUUCUGGAACCGGUGAAGUUAUGUGGCUUUUAUUCUUUCUCUCAGUGGCGUUUUCAGCCGCGCAGGACUCAGGCACGCAGGUCAGGAAUGAGGACAUCCCCGAGGGCGCAUCCACCCUGGCUUUUGUUUUCGAUGUUACCGGUUCCAUGUACGACGACCUGGUCCAGGUCAUCGAGGGAGCUUCCAAGAUUUUGGAAACAUCUCUGAGCCGACCGAAGAGACCGCUGUAUAACUUCGCUCUGGUGCCCUUCCAUGACCCGGAAAUUGGACCGGUAACAAUCACAACAGACCCAGAGAAGUUCCAGGAUGAGCUCAGAGAGUUGUACGUUCAGGGAGGUGGUGACUGUCCAGAGAUGAGCAUUGGAGCCAUCAAGAUAGCUUUGGAGAUCUCUCUACCAGGAUCAUUUAUUUAUGUUUUCACUGAUGCACGUUCUAAAGAUUAUAAACUGACCCAAGAAGUCCUGCAGCUUAUUCAACAGAAACAGUCACAGGUGGUUUUUGUGUUGACGGGUGACUGUGAUGAUAGGAAUCAUAUUGGUUACAAAGUGUAUGAGGAGAUCGCCUCUACAAGCUCUGGCCAAGUUUUCCAUCUGGACAAGAAACAGGUCAAUGAGGUUCUUAAAUGGGUAGAGGAUGCCGUGCAGUCCUCAAAGGUCAACCUGCUCUCCACUGAUCAUUUUGGCCAAGUCAGCAACACUUGGCAGAUGCCCUUUGAUCCCAGUCUAAAAGAAGUUACGGUGGCUCUCAGCGGCCCAGCGCCUAAUAUUGAAAUAAAAUCUCCACAGGGAAAGCUUUUGGGCAAGAAUGAUGGCCUCACUGAGCUUUUGCACAUUCCCAACUCAGCAAAAGUUGUCAAUAUCAAGGAGCCUCAGCCAGGAAUGUGGUCUAUCAAGACCUCAAGCAAAGGGAGACACUCAGUUCGGAUUUCAGGUCUUAGCACCAUUGAUUUCCGUGCUGGGUUUUCCAGAAAAUCCACCAUGGAUUUUAAAAUGACAUCCAGUAGGCCAGUUCAAGGUAUUCCUACUCACAUCCUUCUGAACACCACUGGACUUUCCCCUCCUGCUCGGCCUGACAGACUAGAGCUUCUUACCAUUACUGGAGAGGUUAUCAAAACUCUGCCAAUCAGGUAUUACCCAGAACAACGGCCGUACAACCUCUGGAAUAUCACAGAGUUCAUUCCACCCAAUGAGGCUUUCUUCCUGAGGGUUACAGGAUUUGAUAGCCAGGGUUUUGUGUUCCAGAGAGUAUCCAGUGUCUCCUUCUCCAGCAUUGUGCCUGAUGCACCUAAAGUGGUAAUGCCAGCCAUCACUAAUGGUUAUUACCUGCAGAGAGGAUUUAUCAGAUGCCAGGUAGAGAGUUUGCUACCCUUUACUCUGCGCUUCAGCCGAGAUGGAAAGCGACUUGGACUGGACCAACUCUUCAGUGAAUCAGGUAGCGGGUCAUGGGAAAUAGAAAAGGUCACUUUGAAAGAUGAGGGCCACUAUGAUUGCAUUGCAAUUAGCAGAGCUGGAACAGGACGAGCUCGCACCUUUCUAGAUGUUUCAGAGCCUCCACCUGCCAUCACUGUUGAAAGAAAUGUUACUGUCUCACCUGGCAGUCAAGCCGUUCUGACCUGCCACGUGGUUAGCACCGUUGUCUUCAACCUCACUUGGCUGCGAGGCGGCUAUGACGCCCGCCUGGACCCACGAGUGAACAUACUUGCCAACCUUUCACUCCAGGUGUCUGAUGUGACCCCAGAUAAUUCAGGCUGGUAUGAGUGCAUUGCUGCAAAUGAAGGAGGAACGACUGCAGAUCGGAUUUAUCUCACAGUACAAGAGGUACCCAGAGUGUCUUUGGAGCCAAGAAACCAGACCUUUAUGAUGGGAGAUGAAGUGAGGAUCAGGUGUUCAGCCAGUGGCUAUCCUCCACCUCGUCUAGUCUGGACCCACAACGACAUGUUUAUUACUGCAUCCAACAGAUACAGGAUGACUCCUGAUGGAACCCUGGUAAUAAGAAACACAAAGGAGAAGGAUGGAGGAGUGUAUGGCUGCUUGGCCAGUAAUAGUGCUGGUACUGACACAAUGACCUCCAUCCUCACCUAUUUUGAAUUUCCUGUGGUAAGAGCAACAUUUAGAGAAGUUCUCAGUAACAUUGGAGAAACCACAGUGUUGUCCUGUUCAGCAUCUGGAAUCCCUAAGCCUGAGAUCUGGUGGUAUAAAGGUAAUGUGCAGCUACAUUCCUCCUCUCUAUUUGAGGUGGAUAAGUUAGGAGGAACACUGACCAUAAAGCAAACGCAGUUAGGGGAUGCGGGAGACUACUCUUGUGUGGCUGUCAGUGCGGCUGGCUCAUCCUCACUGAAGAUAAAUCUUGAUGUUGGAGCUACACCAAAGUUCACUCUUGAGCCAUCAAACAUGGCAGUGGACAUUGGCUCCAACGUGACUUUGUCCUGUGAAGCACAUGGGUAUCCUGAGCCCCAGGUGACAUGGAGGAGAGAGGAUGGUUCCUCUUUGUUCAACCGGCCGCAAGCACAUAGCACUGUGUCACAAAAAAAUGGGGACCUACAGAUAAAUAAUCUAUGGAUCGAAGAUGAGGCGGAGUAUAUCUGUGAGGCCAAAAAUCGCUUUGGUAGGAUCCAGACCAAGGCUAACAUCACUGUGACUGGACUUGUUAAACCUGUUAUUGCAAUGAGUCCACCUGUCAUCAGUGUGAUUGAGGACCAGCAGCUAACCCUUCCCUGUGUGCUGCUGGCUGGAAAUCCGCUGCCAGAGAGGCAAUGGCUCCAUAACUAUGGCCUGGUGACCCCAGACCAGUAUGUCACUGUGAGGAAGGAUGGUAGUCUGCAUAUUGAAAGAGUUCAGAUGGAGGAUGGGGGUGAUUACACCUGCUUGGCUGAGAACGUUAUUGGGGCCACCAACCAUACAACCACCGUUUACGUUUACGUUAUCCCUACAAUUCAACAUGGACCUCAGGUAUUUAGCACUAUCGAAGGAACACCUACAACUUUGCCAUGCCAUGCCAGCGGAGAACCAAGUCCUGACAUUACUUGGACCAAGGGUGGGGAGCUGCUAAACUUGGGUGGUCCAGCCUUCUCUUUAGAUUUAGAUGGCGGCCUCCGUAUCACUUCACCUUCUGGAAAUGAGACUGGAGAGUUUGUCUGCACAGCUACGAACGCAGCAGGAUACGCAUCCAGGAAGGUGCAGCUCACAGUCUAUGUGCGACCAAGACCCCGGGGUGGUGUUGCUGGAGGUUUACGAGACCCUGUGAGGAUGUCGGUGAUCAAGGGGGAGGAUAUCACUUUACCAUGUGACGUUCACAGUGUUCCACCACCUUCUAUCAGCUGGGCAAAAGAAAAACAGCUCAUUUCCCCAUUUUCCCCAAGGCAUCUGCAGCUUCCAUCUGGAUCGAUGAAGAUCCUGGAGACCAGAGCUUCAGACAGUGGACUCUAUGUUUGUGUUGCCUCAAACCUCGCUGGUAACGUGACGUUGUCCAUAGAGCUGAGUGUUUUAGUUCCUCCUAAAAUCCACCCAGGUCCAAAGGUGAUAAAGGUGCAGGUUGGCCAUAAAGUAGAGCUGGGUUGUAUGGUGUCAGGGGUCCCAGAGCCUACUCUCAGCUGGACCAAAAAUAACAAAAGUUAUCCUGUGUCACGUGAUGGAAGUCUGACACUUUCGGAUAUCAAGUGUGAGGAUGAAGGAAUCUACACAUGCACAGCCACUAACACUGCUGGCCAGGACCAGGCUCAAGUUAAGGUUCAAGUUCAAGUUCCUCCUGUUGUCGAGGUGCCAGAACCCCCUUUUAACAGCCCCCUGCAGGAAAGGGUUUUGAACCAACGCAUUGCCUUCCCCUGCCCUGCCAAAGGUCUACCUAAGCCAGUCAUUCGUUGGUUGCGUAAUGGUCAAGAACUGACAGGCAAUGAGCCUGGAGUGUCUAUCCUGGAUGAUGGUACUCUGCUGAUACUUGCUGCUGUUUCGCCUCUGGAUGACGGAGAGUAUGUCUGCACUGCAGCUAAUGAUGCUGGGUCCACUGAGAAAAAGUACCAACUCAAAGUUAAUGUACCACCGGAUUUCCGUGAUGGGGACAGACCAAGCAACGCAUCAGUAAUCCUAAACGAGCCAGUCGACUUGGAGUGUGAUGUCACGGGAAGUCCAAAGCCUGUCAUCACCUGGUAUAAAGACGGCACUCCUGUUGUUACCAGUAACAGCAUCCAGAUUCUUGACAUGGGAAAAACCCUGAAACUGCUGAGGGCAGAAACAGCUGACGCAGGCAGCUACAGCUGUGAGGCCAUUAACAUCGCAGGCAGCAGAGAAAAAAUCUUUGUUUUGGACGUACUUGUCCCACCAACAAUUGUAGGAUCUGGUUUUCCUCAGGAUGUUUCUGCGAUUGUCAAAGAAGAAGUCCUUCUCGAAUGCAAGGUGCAGGGUUCACCAUUUCCCACAAUUCAGUGGUACAAAGGCAGAAGGUUGGUGUUUCUUGGUGAUCCAAAUCUGGAAGUGAUCAAUAGAGAUCAGAUGUUGAGGAUAAAAGCUGCUCGUCUUGGAGACCAAGGUCACUACCAGUGCAGCGUCACGAACGCAGCUGGAAAACAGUCCAAAGACUUCAACCUUAGCGUCUAUGUGCCUCCUGCCAUCAUUGGAGGCAACACAACUUUGGAUGUGACAGCACUGCUGGAGACAACGGUAACACUGGAGUGUGAGGUACGUGGUGUGCCGCCCCCCACCAUCACUUGGUACCGCAGAGGAGAGGCCAUCAUGUCCGGCCGACAUGCUCAGUAUGUAGAAAGAGGCCUCCGCCUGAAGAUCCCACGAGUGCAGGCGUCUGACGCUGGACAGUACACCUGCAAGGUUAACAACCUGGCUGGGAGCGCGGAGAAGAGCUUUAAUCUGGACGUCUACAGGCCUCCCACCAUCACAGGUGUGGAGGAUGAGCCCAUUGAGAGGAAAGUGGUCCUCGGUAAGCAUUUGAUCCUGGAGUGUCAGGCGGCAGGUCAUCCUCCACCCUCCCUCACCUGGCUGAAAGACGGAGUCCCCGUGCGUCAUGGAGAAAGUGUCAGUCUUUCAGAGCAGGGAAGGAAAUUAGAAAUCCUCUCAGCCAGCAUGUCAGAUGCAGGACGUUACAUCUGUGUGGCUACAAGCAUUGCUGGAGAGAAGGAGGUCAAAUAUGAUGUCAAAGUUUUAGUUCCUCCUUUCAUUGAUGGAGCUGAUGUGGUGACAGAGAGCACAGUAAUGAUUAACACUCCUUUGGAGCUGGAGUGUCACGCCACCGGGUCACCUGCACCCGCCAUCAUGUGGUACAAAGAUGGAAAACGACUCCGAUCUGGAGAAGGGUUGAGGAUUGCAGCUAACGGGAGACGACUGAUUAUUUCCCGCGCUCAGAUCUCUGACUCAGCUCAUUUUCUGUGUCUGGCCACAAACAAGGCUGGAGUCCAUGAGAGGAGCUUCAAUGUGACUGUCCAAGUUCCUCCAUCUAUCCGUUUGAACGGGCCUGUCGAUCGCUCAGUGAUUCUUCACAAACCGAUCAGUUUGGACUGCAUCCCCAGUGGCAUCCCUCCCCCUAGUAUUACCUGGCUUAAAGAUGGCCAACCUGUGGUCACAGCAGAGGAGCACAUGAAGGUAGCUUUCAAUUUCUUGAGGAAAAUCAGUGCUGUAACGUGGUAUAAAGAUGGCCGCCCUCUCACUGGUGCUGCUGGUGUCUCAAUCCGGAAGCGUGGCCAGGUGCUGGAGAUCCAACAAGCCCAGCUGUCCGAUGUGGGGAUGUACAGAUGUGUGGCUGUUAACCUGGCUGGAGCUGCAGAGAAAUUGUACAGUCUGCAAGUGUUCGUCCCUCCAGAAAUCUCCAGUAGAGGUGGUACAGUCACAGCUGUGGUGAAUGAAGCUGUGAAGCUGGAGUGUGAGGCGUCCGGGGUUCCUGUGCCCAGUCUGACCUGGUUAAAAGACGGGAGCCCCGUGGCAAGUCUUUCACAUGGCAUACAGUUGGCGUCUGCUGGCAGGGUGCUUUCUCUGAGCAGUGCACAGGUCAGUGACACAGGUAGAUACACCUGUGUGGCUGUGAAUGCUGGAGGAGAACAACAAAGGGAGUACGAUCUGAGGGUGUAUGUUCCCCCAAACAUCAAAGGGGAGGAGGUGAAUUCAACCGUGAUGCUCGGUGGUCCAGUAGAGCUGCACUGCCACAGCAACGCGGUGCCUCCCCCAACCCUGUCCUGGAGAAAAGAUGGCCGUCCUAUUUUAAACAAACCUGGUCUGAUCGUCUCUGCAGACGGAAGUUUUUUAAAGAUUGAUGGCGCUCAGCUGCAGGAUUCAGGAAGGUACACAUGUGAAGCUACCAAUGUUGCUGGAAAAACUGAGAAGAACUAUAACUUGAUUGUUUGGGUUGCUCCCAGUAUCCGUGGCUCUGAGGAGGUAACGCCUAUGACUGUAAUUGAAGGAAGUUUUCUCACUCUUUUGUGUGAGUCCAGUGGCAUUCCACCUCCCAGCCUAAAGUGGAUGAAAGACGGUUAUGCCCUAAACCCAGACCAGCGGCUCAGGGUUUUGUCUGGAGGGCGUCAGCUGCAGAUCUCAAGGGCUGAGAGAGUAGAUGUUGGUUCUUACAUCUGCACAGCUUCAAGUGCUGCUGGCAGCAUCUCAAAGGAAUACAGCCUGCAGGUUUAUGUUCGUCCUUCCAUCAGACGCAGUGAAGACCACAGUAAUGAUGUCACAGUGACAAAAGGAGGCGAUGUGACGUUACAUUGUGCUGCAGAAGGCAUCCCACGACCCACGGUGACUUGGCUGAAGGAUGGACGGCCCAUAGAGGACCAGCAUGGUGCAAAGGUCCUGAAUGAGGGCAGGUUGUUGCAGAUUAAUGAUACUAAGGUGUCAGACACUGGACGUUACACCUGCAUUGCUGUUAAUGUAGCAGGACAGGCGGACAGCAAGCAUGACAUCACUGUGCAUGUCCCACCUGCUAUAACUGGUCAGGGGCCGUUCCCAGAAAAUGUGAGCGUUGUCAUAAAAAACCCAGCUUCUCUAAACUGUGAGGCUUCUGGUAUUCCAUUACCCUCCAUCUCCUGGCUGAAGGAGGGUCGGCCAGUCAAGGCAACUAAUUUGGUGCGCAUCGUCUCAGGGGGUCGUAGUCUACGUCUGCUGCACACAGCAGUGGAGGAUGCUGGGAGGUAUACUUGUGUUGCCUCCAACAGCGCUGGAGAAGAGCGGAAGAACUUCGACCUUGAUGUUUUAGUUCCACCAAGUAUUUCAAACGCCGGAACAGUUAUGGAUGCUAAAGUAAAGGAGACACAAAACAUCACUCUCACCUGUGAAGCAUCAGGUAACCCUCCACCAGAGAUUAAAUGGCUGAAGGAUGGACAACCGUUGGUCCCUGACCGACGACAGCAGAUCCUGUCAUAUGGACGUUUCCUCCAAAUCUUUGAGGCCCAGGUUGCAGACACUGGAAGAUACAGUUGUGUUGCAUCAAACAGUGCAGGGGAACAGAGACGGCAUUUCAACCUCAAUGUUCUGGUUUCUCCGACCAUUGCUGGUUCAGGUCCUAACAUUUCUGCAGAGGUGGUAACAGUGACCCUGAGCAGCCCCACCUCACUGCUUUGUGAGGUGCAGUCCUACCCCCCCGCUUUGAUCACCUGGCUUAAAGAUGGGGCUCCGUUUGAAUCCGCUCGCAAUAUUCGAGUUCUUCCAGGCGGGCGAACACUGCAGAUUCUUAAUGCUAAGAAGGAGGAUGCGGGCAGGUACACCUGCGUAGCUACUAAUGAAGCUGGGGAGACUUUGAAGCACUAUGAGGUCAAAGUGUAUGUUCCUCCACUGAUUGAUAAGAAUGAUAUCCCCGGGGAGGGACGUACACCCAAAGAAAUAAAGAUAAAAACGAACAGCACACUGACUCUGGAGUGUUUCGCUCAGGCGUUUCCUACUCCAGCACUGCAGUGGUACAAAGAUGGACAGAUCCUGUUGGUAGACAACCAUGUUUCCAUCAUGGCCAAUGGUCGCAUUGUUCAGAUCAAACACGCCCAAGUGUCGGACACUGGCCGCUAUACCUGUAUUGCCACCAACAUAGCUGGAGAGGACGAGAAGGACUUUGAUGUAAAUAUUCAAGUUCCACCCAGUUUCAACAGAGCCGGUGCUUCAUCAGUUCCGGGCUCUGGAGGGGAUCUUCAUGAUGUGAUACUGAGCAAUCCGAUCUCUCUGUACUGUGAGACAAAUGCUGUGCCCCCUCCAACCCUUACGUGGUACAAAGAUGGACACCUGCUUACCUCUAAUGAUAAAGUUUUAAUUUUACCCGGUGGGAGAGUGUUACAAAUCCCCAGGGUACAACUUAAAGACUCUGGCAGGUACACUUGUGUGGCCAUCAAUGAUGCAGGAGAAGACUCUAUCCAGUACAAUGUUAGAGUCCUAGGUGAGGUUUUGAAUGCUCAGGUUUCUGAUACAGGACAGUACGUGUGUGUGGCUGAAAACGCUGCUGGAAGUGCAGAGAAACACUUUAAUCUGAACGUUCACGUACCUCCUACAAUUGUUGGUGUGAAUCCAGAGAAUGUGACAGUGGUGGUGAACAACCUGGUGUCCCUCACCUGUGAAGCCAGUGGCUUCCCGCCUCCCACACUGAGCUGGCUUAAUGACAAGGAGCCCAUUCAGGCUAAAAGCAAUGCUCUCGUCAUGCCAGGAGGACGGACGUUACAGAUCCUUAAAGCAAAGGUGUCUGAUGCUGGAAAGUACAGCUGUGUGGCUAUAAAUACAGCAGGACAAGCUUACAAACACAUCUAUCUCACCGUCUACGUUCCUCCAAGUAUCAGGGGAAGUAUUGGAGACCUUCCUGUCGAGGUUAAUAUUGUGGUUGGAAAAUCUGUAACCUUAGAGUGUGAGUCCAACGCCGCCCCCCCUCCUGUGAUCACCUGGUAUAAGAAUGGCCGAAUGGUGACAGAAACGUCAGAUUUACAAAUUCUGUCAGGGGGACAAAUGCUUCAGAUCAAACACUCUGAGCUGUCUGAUACAGGCCAGUAUGUUUGCAUGGCUUCAAAUAUUGCUGGACACGUGAACAAGAACUUCCACUUGAAUAUCCAUGUUCCUCCACAAAUUGACGGCUCAGCAGAGGAGAGUAUUGUGGAAACUAUCAGUAACCCAGUUACUUUCACAUGUGACGCUACUGGAAUCCCUCCACCCAGUCUCACGUGGCUUAAAAAUGGACACCCUAUAGAGAACUCAGAAUCCCUGGAGGUGAAUAUCUUCUCAGGAGGCAACAAAUUACAGAUAGCACGGCUGCAGCUCCCUGACAGUGGAACCUAUACAUGUGUGGCCUCUAAUGUUGAGGGUAAAGCACAGAAGAGUUACCAUCUCACCAUACAAGUUCCACCCAGUAUCUCUGGAUCAGAAAUGCCCAGCGAGAUCGGAGUCCUGGUAAACCAAAGCAUCGAUCUGGUUUGUGAAGCUCAGGGAACCCCAACUCCAACAGUCCACUGGCUGAAAGAUGGAGAAACCAUCAACAGCACUGCAAACAAAAGUCUCAGGGUUAGCCCUGAUGGUAAAACUCUAAUUGUGACCCAAGCAGACCCUGCUAUCAGUGGGAAGUACACUUGUGUCGCCACCAAUGCUGCUGGAGAGGAGGGCAGGAUAUUUAAUCUGCAUGUAUAUGUGCCCCCAGCUAUUCGUAGCAGCAGUGAUGCCGUUGAGGUUCUGACCACGGUUCUGGACAGUUCUGUCAGUAUUGAGUGUGUUGCUACUGGGUCGCCUCAACCACAGCUAAACUGGUUGAGAAAUGGGCUGCCUCUCCCAGUUUCUUCCAACAUAAGGCUCCUCUCUGCUGGACAAGUUCUCCGGAUUACCCGAGUCCAGGUGUCUGAUGGUGGAAGCUAUACAUGUGUGGCAUCUAACCGAGCAGGAGUCGACAACAGACAGUAUAAAUUGCAGGUUCACGUUCCUCCGGGUUUGGAAGGAGCAGGAACCAUAGAGGACGUGACUGUAAUUAAAGGAAGUGUGGCGUCUUUGGCGUGUAUCGCUGAUGGCAGCCCAACUCCUGCCAUUUCCUGGCUCAGAGAUGGAGCGAUUUUACCAGCUGACCACGGCCUCAGUCUCCUCAGAUUGAACACCACCUUACAGUUCAACAGUGCCCAAGUUAAUCACACUGGACGCUACAGCUGCUUGGCUAAUAACAACGCUGGUCAAGCAAGCCGCCACUUUAACCUGAAGGUUCUGGACCCUCCACACAUCAGGAGCUCUGAUCAACCAGCAGAAGUUUCUGUAGUGGUUAAUAAUGUCCUGGAGCUACUCUGUGAGGCCACAGGCAUCCCAACUCCCACCCUGACCUGGCUGAAGGACGAACGGCCGCUCCCACGGACAGAAAGUCUGCGUCUCCUCCGUGGAGGAGAGAUACUCCGUGUGACCUCAGCUCAGCUGGAGGACACUGGUAGAUACAGCUGCUUAGCCAGUAGCCCAGCAGGAGACGAUGACAAGGAGUUUUUGGUUCGAGUUCACAUUCCUCCUAACAUUUCUGGUGAAAGCGCACCUCAGCAUCUGUCAGUGCUGCAGAACGGCCAGGUGACUCUGGAAUGCAAGUCAGAGGCUGUUCCACCUCCAACUCUCACCUGGCUGAAAGAUGGCACGCCAUUACAGAUCUCACCACGACUGCGGAUUCUGUCCGGUGGACGCUAUUUACAGAUCAACAUGGCGGUGCUCUCUGACACGGCUCAGUAUACCUGUGUGGCAAGUAACAUCGCUGGCAAGACCGCUCGACUGUUUAAUCUAACUGUCAACGUGCCUCCAACUAUCAAGGAUGGAUCUCAGAUGGUGUCAGCGCAUGUCAGCAAGCCAGUGGCUCUCGAAUGUGAAGUCAGCGGAGUCCCGCCGCCUCGAGUCACAUGGAGGAAAAAUGGAGAAAUAAUAGCAGAAAACAAUCCCAGAUAUACAUUUUCAGAGGAAGGAUCUUUACACAUCCACUCGGCUCAGGUGACGGACACAGGACGCUACCUGUGCAUGGCUACAAAUCAAGCUGGUACUCAGCGCAAGAGGUUGGAUCUUCAGGUUUAUGUUCCACCUUCGAUCGCUAAAAGUCGCACCAAUGUGACAGUAAUGGUCAACAUGCAGACCACCUUACCCUGUGAGGUCAGUGGUAUUCCCAAACCUUCCGUCAGCUGGCACAAGAAUGGUCGAACCCUCAGCACAGACCAGAAUCAGAACAUGUACAGAUUACUCUCAUCCGGCUCCUUGGUGAUUAUGGCUCCAACAGUAGAGGACAGUGCAGAGUAUAAAUGUGUGGCCUUUAAUGAAGCAGGAGAGGAAUCCCGAUCCAUUACUCUUUCUGUUAAUGUUCCACCAUCUAUAGCAGAUGAACCUACAGAUCUAGUUGCUACCAGACUGUCCCCAGUGGUCAUCGCCUGUACUGCAACCGGAGUGCCAGAACCUGCAAUCCACUGGACCAAAGACGGCAUGAAGCUACUGGAUAAGGGGGAAGGAUACAGCAUUUUGCCAACAGGUCAUGUAGAAAUCCCCUCUGCUCAGCUCAGUCAUGCUGGACGCUACACCUGCACGGCUAAAAAUAUUGCAGGCUCCACUCAACGACAUGUGCAGCUUACUGUACAGGAACUCCCAGUGAUCCAAUUCAAUCCCUCCACACUGGAUGUGAUAUACAACACCCCCGUUACUUUGCCCUGCAAAGCCACAGGCUCACCCAGACCCACCAUUACCUGGCAAAAGGAGGGCAUCAACAUUCCCACCUCUGGUGGAAGUUACACUAUUCUUCCUGAUGGAAGUCUCCAGAUCUCCAAGGCAUCUCUGUCAGACUCUGGAACCUUUAUUUGUGUGGCACAAAACUCUGCAGGCACUGCAUUGGGCAAGACCAAACUGAGAGUACAAGUGGCUCCAGUGAUUCAUCCAGACACCAGGGAGUACCUUGCACCUUUGGACUCCUCUGUGACCCUUCAAUGCCAGGCUGCAGGCUUCCCUCCACCCUCCAUCACAUGGCAUAAAGACGGGCAGCUGCUGAUCAACUCCAUACGCCAGCGGGUGCUGAGCUCAGGAUCCCUGCAGAUUGCCUUCGUUCAACAGAGCGAUGCUGGACAAUACACUUGCACUGCUGCCAAUCCUGCAGGAACUGACAGCUUGGAUAUAAGAGUCACUGUACAGAUUCCUCCCUCCAUCCGCCGUGGUGAACAGGAGGUUGUUGUUAUGGAAAAAAGCCAGGCUCAGCUGUCGUGUGUGGCAGAAGGUAUUCCACAACCCAAACUGUCCUGGGAAAAAGAUGGGAGUCCUCUCAACGAAAGCCGAGGGGAGUACACCAUUCUGCCAUCUGGGGAGCUGGUUAUCGACAGCGCUCAGCCAGAAGACGCCGGCAGUUAUACAUGUGUUGCAACAAAUUCAGUUGGGGAGGACAGCUGGACGAUGACGCUGUCGGUUCAUACGCACCCCUACUUCACCCAGCUGCUUGCAGAUGUUGCUCUUAACAAAGGAGAACGGCUGCUGUUGAACUGUGGUGUCAGUGGAAUCCCACCACCCACAAUUAAAUGGACCAUGAACAAUAAAAUCAUCCCAGUUCACCAUAGUCCUAUGAUUGGUCACAGUGAGCUUCUGAUAGAAAGGGUCAGUAAAGAGGACUCUGGCACCUACACCUGUGUGGCUGAAAACAGUGUGGGAAGCAUUAAGUCCCUGGGAUACGUCUAUGUUAAAGAGCCUCCAAUCAUCGAUGGAGACCUUUACUCCAACCGAAUUGAACCUCUCGGCGGUAAUGCCGUCCUGAACUGUGAGGUCCGAGGAGACCCUCUGCCAACCAUCCAGUGGAGCAAAAAUGGCAUAAACAUCCAGAUCAACAACCGAAUCCGUCAGCUGGAUAACGGCUCUCUGGCCAUCUAUGGCACAGUGAGUGAAGAUGCAGGCAGCUACAUGUGUGUAGCAACAAAUGAUGCUGGGGUGGUGGAAAGGAGUAUCACUCUCACACUGCAGAGCGCACCUAUUAUAACUUUAGAGCCAGUUGGAACUGUGGUGGAUGCAGGUACGACUGUUGUUCUUAACUGUAAGGCAGAGGGUGAGCCUGCGCCUGUGAUAGAGUGGUCCAAAAACGCACGCCCCCUGCUGGCAAAUGACCGCUUCUCCACCUUGUCUAAUGGCUCCCUCCGGAUCACCAGUGCCCAAAAGGAGGACACUGCUGAAUAUGAAUGUGUGGCCAGGAACUUGCUCGGCUCAGUGCUGGUCAGUGUCUCUCUUACUGUACGAGUCCAUGGGGGAUAUUCAGAGUGGACAGAGUGGGGGCUCUGCAGCGUAUCCUGUGGUGCAGGGGUUCAGAAAAGAGUCAGGCAGUGUAAUAAUCCGUUACCUGCUAACGGAGGCCGACACUGUGCAGGAUCAAGCACAGAAACACGCAGCUGUCGAGGAAAACCAUGUCCAGUGGACGGUAACUGGUCACAGUGGUCUCCCUGGGAGGAGUGUUCCCAAACCUGUGGCCAGGGCAACAAAACAAGGAUCCGGAGCUGCAGUAAUCCACCCCCUCAACACGGGGGCAGGCCAUGUCUCGGGAAAGCCGUGGAAGCCAUUAUGUGCAGUGUCAGACCAUGUCCAGUGUUAGGAAACUGGGGUUCUUGGUUAUCGUGGAGUCCAUGUAGUGAGACCUGCGGGAAGGGGAUACAGUCCAGGAUCAGACUAUGCAACAACCCCCCUCCCGCAUUUGAUGGCACGCAGUGUGAGGGGACAGACACCCAGUCAAGGGUGUGCAAGGAGAGACCUUGUCCUGUGCAUGGAAAGUGGUCCUCAUGGAUGAGCUGGGGGCCCUGCAGUGUAUCUUGUGGUGGUGGUAGCAGACAGCGGACACGCCUCUGUGCAAGCCCUGCUCCUCAGCAUGGCGGCAGAAAAUGCGAGGGCAAUGAUGUGCACACUGAUUUCUGUAAUGGUGACCCAUGUCCCAUCAAUGGUAACUGGGGACAGUGGAGUAACUGGGGCAGCUGCAGCAAGACAUGUAAUGGAGGUCAGAGGAGGCGCUACAGGACCUGUGAUAACCCUAGACCUGCUUACGGUGGAAGGGCUUGUCCAGGAGCUGAUUCAGAGAUGCAGAAAUGUAGCACUGUUGACUGCCCGGCGGAUGGUAACUGGGGGUCAUGGCAGCCAUGGGGCAGCUGCUCCGCUUCCUGUGGAGGAGGAGAAAGGACACGUGUCCGACUUUGCAAUAGCCCAUCUCCUAGUAACGGUGGUCGGCCUUGUCCAGGGGACCCCACUCAGGUAUCCAGGUGCAACAAUCAGGCGUGCCCAGGUGGACCAAAUAAAAGUCGAGGAAGCAUCACAGGAAAUAUAAAUGACAUUGAGUUUGGCAUCUCCCUCCUAAAUGCCACCAUCACUGAGAACAACUCUGGCAGCAAAACCAUCAAAGCUACUGUUUCAAAUGUACCAAGAACAUUGGGUCCUGCAAUGAGGAAACUCAUCUCCAUACUUAACCCCAUCUACUGGACCACGGCACAGGAAAUAGGAGAGGCUGUUAAUGGUUACACCCUGACAGGUGGGAUUUUCAGGCGAGAGACCCAGGUGGAGUUUGCUACAGGUGAAAUUCUGAGGAUGACCCACAUUGCUAGAGGCUUGGACUCCGAUGGUGCUUUGCUUCUGGACAUUGUGGUUAAUGGUCAUAUCCUGCAGCUGCCUUCACAUGUGGACAUCAACAUCAAGGACUACACAGAGGACUAUAUUCAGACCGGGCCGGGUCAGCUUUACGCUCUCUCCACCCGCAUGUUCACAGUUGAUAAGGAAAAUGUUCCCUACUCCUGGAACCAUACCAUCUCAUAUGAUCUAACAAAAGGAAAGAUGCCCUUCCUAGUUGAAAUGCUCCAUGCCACAGCCAUCAGUGCUCUCUACCACCCCCAAGAGGAAGUGUUGGAAUACAGCAUCCAGGCCAGAAUCACUAAAGGGGAUCGCAGUAACCAAUGUCCUCAUGGCUUUACUUUGGUGUCCGCUGGGCCUUACUGUGCAGAUGAAAAUGAAUGUGAAGUUGGGAAUCCAUGCUCUCACAGCUGCCAUAACACCAUAGGGACCUACUACUGCUCCUGUCCACAUGGCCUCACCAUCUCUGCUGAUGGCAAAACCUGCCAAGACAUCGAUGAGUGUUCCCUGGAUAGAAACGUGUGCCAUGGUGGACAAGACUGUGAAAACACCAUUGGUUCUUAUAAAUGUAUGAUGCACUGUGGGCGUGGCUUCAGGAGAACGGUGGACGGUCUCAGCUGCACUGAUGUGGACGAGUGUUUGGAAUCCCACCCAUGUCAUCAGCAGUGUAUGAAUACCAUAGGAAGCUAUCGUUGUGCGUGUGAACCAGGCUUUCAGCUCAGGAACAGACGGUGUAUAGAUAUAAACGAGUGCAGGCAGCGGGUUUGCCGUUUGGAUCAACAAUGUAAAAACACACGGGGGGGUUACACCUGCAUUGACCUUUGUCCAAAUGGUAUGACCAAAAGCAUCAAUGGUACAUGUGUGGAUGUCGAUGAGUGCAGGGACGGGACCCACCAGUGCAGAUACAACCAGAUCUGUGAAAACACCAGAGGAAGCUACCAUUGCACGUGUCCACGUGGUUUUAGAUCUCAGGGAGUUGGACGCCGAUGUGUCGACAUAAAUGAGUGUGAGCGACUCCCUCAGCCCUGUGCCCAUCAGUGCAUCAACACUCCUGGUAGCUUCAAGUGCACUUGCCCACCAGGGCGCCACCUGCUGGGAGAUGGCAAGUCCUGCGCUGGGCUGGAACGUCUACCCAGCUACGAAAGUUACUCAUAUGGCUACCGCACGUCUCAGUCCUCUCCUGAACAAAGACCGAGCCAGCGGCUGUACCACAGCUUUGCUUCUCACAGCUACAACUCCUAUACUGGCACCACAAGCAGGCGCUACAUGAACCGUAAUCGGAGGGAGGCUCACAAAAACCCCUCGAGGCUUGAUAUCCACACUUGUAAGGAAGGUUUUGAGUCCAGGGGUGGCAUCUGUCUAGAUAUCAAUGAGUGUGAAGUGAGGGACACGUGCCAGCAUGAGUGUGUGAACACCCCAGGGAGCCACCGGUGUAUCUGUCCUGCUGGUUACCACCUGAUGACUAAUGGGAAGACGUGUCAAGAUAUAGACGAGUGCCUGGAGCAGAACAUUCACUGUGGGGCAAAUCGGAUGUGCUUCAACACAAGAGGAAGUUACCAGUGCAUCGACACACCCUGUCCUCCAAACUAUCAGAGGGAUCGAGAAACAGGGUUCUGCUUGAAGAGCUGCCUACCAAACGACCUGGAGUGUGCGCUGAGUCCAUACGCGUUAGAAUACAAGCUGCUGUCUCUUCCCUUCGGCAUCGCAGCCAACCAGGACCUCAUCCGGUUGGUGGCCUACACACAGGACGGCGUGAUGCACCCCAGAACCAGCUUCCUGGUGGUGGACGAGGACGCCUCCUUACCCUUCGCCCUGCGAGACGAAAACAUGAAGGGUGUUUUGUUCACCACCAGACCUCUAAGAGAGCCCCACACGUACCGCAUGAAGGUACGAGCGCUCUCCUACAGCGAGGACGGCGCCGUGGAGUACCAGACAACCUUCAUCGUAUACAUCGCCGUCUCUGCCUACCCUUACUGAGAACACUUUAAAUGGAGAUGAAGGUUGGCGGUUGAACCUCAGCUUGUGGAUCAGUGUGGCGGGAGUGAGAUGACGUUGUUUCUGGACAUGUUGCUCCAUGGUGGACAGACUGAUGUUGCUUUUAGGACAGUGAGAACAUCCAGUUCUGAUGAGCUAUGGAUGUAAAUGUAAGCGGAAUAUGAGAGACGGGAGAAACAGGGACAAAACUGAUCCAUUAUUUUCUGUUACCCCAUCAUUCUGUAUAGAACUGUUUAGCUUUUUUAUAUUUCGUCUUAAAAUGUUCUCAUUUCAUUCAUAUUUAUUUAUAAGGAACAGUUUCCUCAUAGUGUGUAUGUAAUUCCACUACCCACUGCAUCAGGGUUAAACAAAUACAACUAUCUACAACUGAACUUCAGUUACUAUAGUAGAUUUGUGGUGCUAAUGUUGGAAAUAUGAGGUUUCUGUAACAUUUUCUUCUGUUUUAUAAAAAAUGCUCCAUCAGCAGCUAGUUAGUUAUCAUUUUAAUUUCCAGAAGUUAUUACCAGGAUGUAUUUUAACUUGUACAUAAUAUUUUAACUCAAAUUGUGAUGCAGUAGAGCUACAAAUUUUAUUAGUUUUAUAAUUAACAGUGAUAAAAUACACAGAAAGAAGAACCAGGAAUAUUAACUAUUAUAGGGGCAUGUUUCAAAUUUGAAGAUUAAAUUUAAAAUGUUUAA